AAUCAAAAGUUGAGGUUGUUGCUACUCUCGAAAACCCAAGGACAAUCUUUCUCUUUAUUAUCCCUUUUUUUAUUUGAGCACUUUGUUAAAAUUGAAUUAGGGUUUCAUCUCGCAUUUCCCUUUUCUUCACCCUCUACUGUCACUGCGCAAACCCGAUUCGCCUCUCUUCUGCAUCUUUACCUUUUUCCCGCCAUUUCCCGCCACUUAGAUUUCUGAGAUUUUAAUACUAGCCGUUAGAUCUGCCUUUUUCUUCACAUAUAUAUAUAUUUUUCUCCGGUUUCCGAAAAAAAAAAAAAAACUUUUGACCGUUGCUCUCGCCGGAGUGAACGGGAAAUGUCUGCAUCCGACGCGGAGAAGAAGGUUGAGGAAGAGAAUGAAAUGCUCAAAGGUGGAGAGCUCUUGUUCUGCGGUGCCACGUGUUGGGAUAUCGUUGGUCGUCGCAAAGGCUCCGUCGAUGGUAACUUAAUCUCUCCCUCACGCCUCCGUCCUCUCGUCGGGAUUGAUAUUCGCUACGUUGCCUCUGGUUGUGGUUCAUGUCAUUGCGUGGCAUUGGACGUUGAAGGGCGUUGCUAUACAUGGGGCCGUAAUGAGAAGGGGCAACUGGGUCAUGGAGAUACCAUUCAGCGUGAUAGGCCAACCGUGGUGUCCGAACUUUCCAAAUACAAAGUUGUCAAAGCUGGAUCAGGGAGGAACCAUACGGUGGUUGUUACAGAGGAUGGAAAUUCUCUAGCAUUUGGAUGGAACAAACAUGGACAGCUAGGCUCGGGUUCUGUGAGAAAUGAAAUUGAGUCAUCCCCAGUUCGCUGUCUUGUGUCUGAAGUAAUAUAUACUACUUGUGGUGGUGACUUUACUGUGUGGUUAUCUUCCACUGAAGGAGCUUCUAUACUGACUGCAGGGCUUCCACAGUAUGGGCAGCUUGGGCAUGGAACAGAUAACGAGUAUAAUUCCAAAGACAGCUCUGUGAAGUUGGUUUAUGAAGCCCAGCCAAAACCUCGAGCAAUUGCUACUUUUGCUGGGGAAACAAUUGUCAAAGUGGCAUGUGGAACAAAUCACACAGUGGCGGUGGAUAAGAAUGGCUUCGUUUACACGUGGGGUUUUGGUGGUUAUGGAAGGCUGGGACAUAGGGAGCAGAAGGACGAGUGGGCCCCACGUCGUGUUGAUGUUUUCCAGAAUAGAAAUGUUUUGCCUCCUGAUGCAAUUAUUUCAGCUGGUUCUGUGAAUUCUGCAUGUACUGCAGGUGGAGGGCAGUUGUAUAUGUGGGGCAAAAUAAAGAAUACUGGUGAUGACUGGAUGUAUCCUAAGCCGCUAAUGGAUUUAAGUGGUUGGAAUAUACGAUGCAUGGAUUCAGGCCACAUGCACCAUUUUGUCGGGGCUGAUUCCUCGUGCAUAAGUUGGGGCCAUGCUCAGCAUGGAGAGCUGGGAUAUGGACCUACUGGACAGAAGUCUUCAGCUGUACCCAAAAAGGUGGAUAUACUUGAGGGUAUGCAUGUGAUGAGUGUUGCCUGUGGUAUGGGUCAUUCCAUGGUUAUAGUUGAUAGAACAAAUGUUGCUGAUCGACUUGACCAGCUUGAUAUAUAUGACGGCAAAGCUUUUGGUGAAGGUAAUGAGCCCGUAAACAAAACGUCAGUGCCCAAGCAGGCUGCAAAAAAGGGUGCAAAAGGAGCUGACAAUUCUAAGAAGAGGAAAAAAGCAAAAGAUUCAUCUGACUCAGAAGAGGAAGAGGAAGAGGAUGCUGAAGAAAGUGACAACAGUGAGGAUGAAGUUAAUGGUGAGGCUGAAGUAAAAAGGGCACGUGGUGGAAAUAGUUCUGGUAAAGGCCGAGGUAAGGCAUCCAAAAAGUCAGGUGGGGAGGGAAAAGGUUCCAGCCGAGGGCGUGGUCGCACAACAGCAAAUGACAGCAAUUCUAAAUCCCCUCCGGUGAAAACCGGCAAGAGAGGAAGACCUCGUAAGUCAUAACUUGGUUUUUUUGUUGGAAAUUUUGUUCUCUAUACAUAGAGAAUUGUAGCAUGUAAUUCAUUGGCCGGUGGUUGUACCUAGUAUUUCAGUGUUAUUAAAAUCUGGUCCUGCUAACUAUUUAAUGCAAAUUUUCGGAAAACAUGUUAAAUUUGCAGACCGUUUUGGGAUGCAGAGGCAAAAAGUGCCCUCUUGUUUUAAAUUUUUUGUGAAGGGGAAUACCUUUUGUUGCUUCGGUUUCCAUCAGCCUUUGGUUUUCUAUUAGACCUUAAUCUGCUGGUCUGGUGACUUGGAGAUGUUUGUCGAUGAAACUUGAGGCUGUUUAAGUUGUUUUAAUCCAUUUAUGCUGUAUUAUAUUCUUAUUUA